ACAUCAGUUCAGAGAAUUCCAUCGAUCUAAUCGCACACUCUGCUGUUCUUUCCUUCUGUGGCAAUCCUCGGCGCAGUGACUCUCCCCGUCCACGAAAAAAAACAAAAGAUGGUCCUCUGGAACGUUCUGCGCUCGGCUGGCCGCCUCGGAACGGCCACCGGAUGUUCCCGCUCGGCCGGGAUUGGCCAGCUGCGUCGCAAGUACACGUACCGCAGUGGCGCCCUCAAGCCAAUGCCCCACCAGAUCCGGUUUGGCCUGCUGGGCAUCGUGGCCACCGUGAUUCCCGGACUGCUGAUUGGAGCGCAAAUCAGUAAAAAUAUCGCCAACUUUCUGGAGGAGAACGACCUGUUUGUGCCCUCGGAUGACGACGACGAUGAUGAUUAAGCGCUGGGAGGAGAUUCUUUGCAGUCUGGAUAUUUUGCUUUUUUCUUCGUCUGCGGAUCGAUAUUUUUAGAUUUUGCUGAGGAUUAUUUACGAUCAAAAUAGGACAUUUCUGUAGUAGGCUUCGAUUUGACCUUAUUAGGUAAGAUAUUUUUAGCUUCUUUCUAGGUACAACAACUUUAACGUGUGCUAGCCGUUAAUGAGCCAGCUGUCAAAAUCGCUGUAGCACAAAUCGGCAACUUGGCAAAUUAGCAAAAUGCAAAGUUUCUCUUGGGCACUGCUGAGGGCGCGAAAGUGAUUAAUAGUCAGGACCCGGUGCCUGCGAUUUCCGUUACAGUUUAUAUGGAAUUCCAAUAAGAAUGUAACAGAAAAAUCAGGCAUCGUGUCCAGACUGUUAGUCGACGAUAACCUCAACCAUCCCACAGCUCAGCCCUGCUUACAAAGCGAGACCUGUAACCAAUCGGCCCUGGAUCCUACUUAACUGAUGGAGAUCUAUGUUCUAAAUUGUAACGAAACAAACAACGAGAAAGCUGAGGUCAAGCCAGUUAUCCAUUCAUUCAGUCUCGAACCCUCAAGCGAACAGGUCGGAUUAACAGAUCCUUGCCACAGAGUUACGAAGAACUUAUUAACGGUGAUUACACGUUGCGAGUUGGUCAACCGUACUUAAUUUUGUCUAGGCAAAUGAAGUGACGACGUUUAAAGAAAUGCUGUUUUUGUUAACGAUGAAAGAAACUUCAGCAUUUAAAAAAAAUAUUCAGCCCAGAUUUCUUAAAAUUUUAGAUUACUUUCUCAGCAACACGUUCAGCACAAAACAACCCGGGCGAUCGCAA